AUGGAGACCUCUGCCAAGACCGGUCAGCAUGUCAGGGACUGCUUCUUCAACUCUGCCAGACAGGUUCUCCUGCAGCUCCAGAUGGGCAUGAUCGAUCCCGCUUCAACCAAGGGUAUCCGCUCUGCUGGUCGCAAUAGCAAUCGUGUUAGUACGGUUACUGAGCGCGGUUGCAACUUGCUCCGUAACUCCGUUGUCAACAAGGCCGAGGCUUUCACUGACAGUGAGCGUGAGGAGCUUGGUUUGGUCGGUUUGCUCCCGCCUAAGGUGUUGGAUCUCGAUGUCCAGUCUAGGAGGUGUUAUCUGCAGUUCUCGCAGAAUUCCAAUGAUAUCGAAAAGUAUAUCUACUUGGAAAGUCUGCAUGAUCGUAACGAGACGUUGUACUUCAAGCUGCUUGUGGACCAUGUUGCUGAGAUGAUGCCCAUUGUCUACACCCCUGUUGUUGGUAAGGCCUGUCAACUUUUCGGUCAUAUCUUCCGUAAUGCUCGUGGUCUCUACUUCAAUCUCUCCGAGAAAGGUAACUUCAAGGAGAUGGUUUGGAACAGCAAUGUUCGUGAUGCUGAUAUCAUCGUGGUCACUGAUGGUUCUCGUAUCCUUGGUCUUGGUGAUCUUGGUACCAACGGUAUGGGUAUCCCCAUUGGUAAACUCUCCCUUUAUGUCGCAUGUGCCGGUAUCAACCCUGGCCGCACUGUGCCUGUUACCCUCGAUGUCGGUACUAAUAACCCGGAUCUGCUCAAUGAUGAUAUGUACCUUGGUGAGCGCCAUAAGAGAGUCGAUGGUGAGGAGUACUAUGCUGCUGUGGACGAGUUUGUCGAUGCUGUCCGUUCCCGUUGGCCCGGUGUCCUCAUCCAAUUCGAGGACUUCACUAAUGAUCACGCCUUCCCCCUCCUCAAGAGGUAUCAAGAGAACAUCUUAUGCUUCAAUGAUGAUAUCCAGGGUACUGGCUCUGUCGCCUUGGCAGGCCUUGUCAGUGCUAUGAGGGUGAAGAAGGAGAAGCUCGAGGAUCAAAGGAUCGUCUUCCUCGGUGCUGGUGCCGCUGCCGUUGGCAUCGCUGAUUGCAUCGUUGCUGCUAUGGUUCAUGAUGGCCUUUCCCCUGAAGAUGCCAGAAAGCGCUUCUGGUUCGUUGACUCUAGGGGUUUGGUCACUUGGAAACGUGGUGGCAAUAUCCAGGAUCAUAAGGUUCCUUAUUGCCGUGACGACGCAGAGCCGAUGACAAGUCUUCUCGAAGUCGUGAAGGCCAUCAAGCCUACUGUGCUACUAGGUCUCAGUGGACAGUCGGGUUCCUUCACUGAGGACAUUAUCAAGGCUAUGUAUGCUAACUGUCCUCAACCUGUCAUUUUCGCUCUUUCCAAUCCUACACCCAAGGCCGAGGCCACACCCGAGCAGCUCUAUACGUGGACCGAUGGAAACGCCUGGGUUUGCACUGGCUCUCCAUUCGGGCCCGUCACAUACAAUGGUAAGGUGUAUCAAUCCGGCCAAGGAAACAACAUGUACAUCUUCCCUGGUGUCGGUUUGGCUGGUAUUCUUGGCAAGUUCAAGUGGAUCCCCGAUUCAAUGUUCUACACUGCUGCAAAGACUCUUGCUGAGAGAGUCACUGAGGAGGAUAUUGCUCGUGGCACUUUAUAUCCCUGCCUUACUCGUAUUCGCGAGCUUUCUCACGACAUUGCAGUAUCGUGCAUCAAGGAGGCCUUCGAUCUCGGUAUUGCUUGCAUUGAACGCCCUGCUGAUCUCGACAAGUUCGUGUGGGACCACAUGUGGAAGCCGGAGUACUCUCAUACCGAGUUGGACCCUUCUGUGUUCGCUUUCUCCGGCCAGGGUUCUGGUGUGGGCAACUCCCAGAGCAACAAGAAUAAGCUUAGCGUUGGUACCAUCCAAAGCAAGGCCUUCUCGUUCACUGACAUGGAGCGUGUGAACCCCAAUCAGUUUAUGUAA